UCCUUCCCAAUUCACAGCCAUUUUAUACUCCUCCACCUAAACUAUAGGAGAUGAAUUAAAGAACAAAAAACAAAAAAAAAAAACUCUAAAUUCUCUUCAUAGCAGGAACAGACUUGCCUACAUAGGCGGGACUGAUCUUGUUAUCUCCGUAGCAGAUAUCAGGAUGGAGAAUGAGCCUGAUGACUUAGCUAGCGACAAUGCAGCAGAGAUUGACGUGAGUGAUGAAGACAUUGAUGCGGAAGACCUCGAGAGGCGGAUGUUGAAAGAUCGUGUACGUCUCAAAAGAAUCAAAGAACAAACAAAAACCCGUUCUCAAACGAAGGAGACUCCCAAGAAGAUCUCUGAUCAAGCACAGAGAAAGAAAAUGUCUAGAGCACAAGACGGUAUACUCAAGUACAUGCUGAAGCUAAUGGAAGUCUGCAAAGUCCGGGGCUUCGUGUACGGCAUUAUACCAGAGAAGGGGAAGCCUGUGAGCGGCUCCUCUGACAAUAUAAGAGCCUGGUGGAAAGAGAAGGUGAGGUUUGAUAAGAACGGACCAGCUGCGAUAGCUAAGCACGAAGAGGAGCGUUUAGCGUUGUCUGGGGAACCAGACCGGAAUAGAAACUCGCUCCAGGAUCUUCAAGAUGCUACUUUAGGGUCUUUGCUGUCUUCUUUGAUGCAGCAUUGUGAUCCUCCUCAGAGGAAGUAUCCGUUGGAGAGAGGGGUUGCUCCUCCUUGGUGGCCGACAGGGGAGGAAGAGUGGUGGGUGAAGCUUGGUUUGGGCAAGAGCCAGAGUCCUCCUCCUUACAGGAAGCCGCAUGAUCUCAAGAAGAUGUGGAAAGUUGGGGUUCUGACGGCUGUGAUCAACCAUAUGUUGCCUGAUGUUGCGAAGAUCAAGAGGCAUGUUCGCCAGUCUAAGUGUUUGCAGGACAAGAUGACGGCUAAAGAGAGCGCGAUUUGGUUGGCAGUUUUGAACCAAGAGGAGUCCUUGAUUCAGCAGCAUAGUAGUGACGACAAUGGAACAUCUAAUGUAACUGAGAUACCCCGGAGAGGUGAUAAUAACGCUGAGAGGAGGAAAACUGUGGUCAACAGUGACAGUGACCAUGAUGUUGAUGGGACAGAGGAGGCCUCAGGUUCAGUAACAGCCAGCUCGCAGCCAGUAAGAGAUCAAGAUAAAGCAGAGAAACAUCAGAGAAGGAAAAGACCAAGAAGCAGAAAAGAAGCUGAACAGAGAAAUAUUAUACAUGAUAUGAAUCAUGUUGAUGCCCCUAUGCUAGAACAUAACAUCAACGGUACUCAUCACUAUGAUGAAGGUGUUUUGGAACCAAACAUAGCCUUAGGAGCAGAGGAGAACAGUAGGGAAGUGAUGGUUCUUGAGUUUGAUAAUAAUUAUACUUAUCUUCCUCCGGUUAAUGGACAAACUAUGAUGCCUGUAGACGAAAGACCAAUGCUUUACGGACCAAACCCUAACCAGGAGUUGCAGUUUGGGUCAGGUUAUAGCUUUUAUAAUCCCUCUGCAGUGUUUGUUCAUAAUCAGGAAGAAGUACUUAUAGAAAUGAACGCACAAGCACCGCCUCACAACAACGGGUCUGAGGCCUCAGUAGGAGUACUUCAACCUCACGGUUUACAUGAAGACGGCGUAGCAGGAAGAGAUUUGCCUCCUCAAUUUCAGAGUGACAGUAACAUUCUGUCUCCAUUCAAUGAGUUGGCGGCGUUUGAAAGUAGCACAUUUUACUCUGGGUUUGAUUCCUAUGGUGCAUUUGAUGAUGACUUCUCAUGGUUUGGAGCUUAGUUUCUUGACAUUUUUUGUUGGGAGGUUACAUGUUGUGUUGCAGGUUCAAAAGAAUAACUUGCCAGACACUCCUCUCCCAUUGUAAUGUUUGCCAAGGAAAGCAGUGAGUGUAUGUUGUGUAUAUUCAUUCCUGUGAGUAAUUUAUCAAGUUAAUCGUAUCCGCAUUCAAUGAGCCAAGUAUCAGCUUGAUUAUGAGAUC